AUGAAAGCUGUCCUGUGCAGCCUGGCCUUCGUGGUCGGAGUUGCGGCCAAGGAUGAUCCGGACUAUGACCCAUCCCUCAAUUUUCGACCCAAGAAUGUGACCCUCAGCAUCCUCGAUUACUGGGUUGGAUCGUACUAUAACGGUACCACAGACGUGAAAUUAUCGUUUUACACCGGGCUGGCUGCCAAUUGGAGCCACCUGUGCCCCAAUCUCAUCAACACAACGGUUACCAAACAGUAUAAUAAUUCCGUGCUGGGCCUUACAGAGCCCAGCUCCUAUAAUGUUGGCUAUGACCCAGUGAAUGCUUUCUUCACCAUGUGGCCUCGCAACUUUAAUUUCUCCACAUUACCUGACCCAAGGUGGUCCUGGGAAUCAAUACAAUAUGACGCAUCUUUGAAGUUCGCUUUGUUCUCAUCUGAUCCUACAUACUGGGUGGGGCCCAAGGUGUCUAACAACUUCAACUGGACACUCAAUGCAACACAAGGCCCACCGUACAGUUUAUCAAGUACCCUCACCGAUUAUGACCCGCUUGGGGGCUGGGCCUCCAACUUGGCCAGUUGCAACGGGAGUGACAUCGUCGAGUGGACCUUUUACCCGACUCCCUGGGAUAUCAUGGGGAAUGGACUUUACCUGCCAGAUGCGGUGCUUGAUCUUCAGUUUGACGAGAAGACUGCUAACCUCUCGUUAAAUGGCUACUUCAUCGGCUAUCAGGCAGUUAAGGUAGGUACAGAGACUCUUAGCACUGGGGUCCUCGUAGUAGGCAAGAUGAAACUAUCCUUCUUGGGCGUCUUGGAUGCCUAUCAUUCAGAUGUCCUGGCCAAUAACACCGCUACGCCGACUUGGCUGCGCACUGUGGGAUUCCAAAAUAAUUCUUUAAAUGUUGGAUACACUAGCACAGCAAGCAGUGUAUCAAAGGGAAGAGCAUUUCUUGCUACUAUCACUGCUUUGACGGUGAUGGUUGGGUUUGUCUAG